GGGGAGGGGAGGCAGGAUGCCGACUUUUCCACAUUCACUUGGUUCCCUUUUGUGUGCGGCAUGCCUGUGUGUGUGUGUGAACGGGAUCUGAGCUGCUUCCCCUUGCAACUCCACAGAUACGUGAAUCUCCAAGAGCUUUAUUUUGAAAACUAGGACAUAGCACUUUGCAGAAGAAAAAAUCAGUCCACUCACUAUUAUUUAUGUGAUUGCUGAUCUGCUAGAUGGAUAUAGAAAGCACCAAGAAUUAUAAUAAUUUAUGGAGUGGAGCUCGGGUUUACAAGCAGAUUUCUCUGUCCGAGCUUUGCUGGUUUCUUUUGCAUCUCGGGCCUCGUUCUGUGCACUGGGAUCGGGGAAUAUUCAGAAUUUGAAGAUGAGCCUGGUGAACCAACUGCAUUCAUAUCUAAAAUUAAGGGGAUAAGUGAGCAGCUAUUUGUGGCAGACAGGACAUGAUCCAUCUGUCUGCAGGUCUGGCGGGGGGCCGGGCGGCGGCGGCGGCAGCGGCGGUGGCAGCGGGAGAUGCCCAGGUGGCCCGCGGAGGUCCAUGUGGCGCUCUAGGUGGGAUGCCGGUGUCCUGAAGGCCGAGGCCCUGGCCCUCCUGCCCUGCGGCCUGGGCAUGGCGUUCUCCCAGUCCCACGUGAUGGCCGCGCGGCGGCACCAGCACAGCCGGCUCAUGGUCGAGGUGGAUGAGUACAGCUCCAACCCCACGCAGGCCUUCACCUUCUACAACAUCAACCAGGGCCGCUUCCAGCCGCCCCACGUGCAGAUGGUGGACCCGGUGCCUCACGAUGCCCCCAAGCCACCCGGCUACACGCGCUUUGUCUGCGUCUCUGACACCCACUCGAGGACCGACCCCAUCCAGAUGCCCUACGGUGACGUGCUGAUCCACGCGGGGGACUUCACGGAGCUGGGGCUCCCGAGCGAGGUGAAGAAAUUCAACGAGUGGCURGGCAGCCUGCCCUACGAGUACAAGGUGGUGGUGGCCGGCAACCACGAGCUGACCUUCGACCAGGAGUUCAUGGCCGACCUCAUCAAACAGGACUUCUACUACUUCCCGUCCGUGUCCAAGCUGAAGCCCGAGAACUACGAGAACGUGCAGUCGCUGCUGACCAACUGCAUCUACCUGCAGGAUGCCGAGGUCACCGUGCGGGGCUUCCGCAUCUACGGCUCCCCGUGGCAGCCCUGGUUUUACGGCUGGGGCUUUAACCUCCCCCGAGGCCAAGCCCUGCUGGAGAAGUGGAACCUCAUUCCUGAAGGUGUUGACAUCCUGAUCACGCAUGGACCGCCACUGGGCUUCCUGGACUGGGUCCCCAAGAAGAUGCAGCGGGUGGGCUGCGUGGAGCUGCUCAACACCGUGCAGAGGCGCGUCCAGCCGCGGCUGCACGUCUUCGGCCACAUCCAUGAAGGGUACGGUGUCAUGGCGGAUGGGACGACCACCUACGUGAACGCGUCCGUGUGCACUGUGAACUACCAGCCUGUGAACCCGCCCAUCGUCAUCGACCUCCCCACGCCCCGGAACUCCUGACUGCCCCCGCCGCCCGGCUCCAGCGCCCGCAUCAGCUGCGCACGCCAGGCCCAGCUCGGGUCCCCAGCCACGCGCCCUUGCACCAGAGCAGCCCAGACCAGCCACCUGGCCCUGGG